AUGAACGCCCUAAAUAGGUCUCGCCACCCCCCGCUGCACUCUCUCCAAUGGCGGAAAAAAUUUUCUACCCGCCAGACGAGCAUCUACCGCUUGCAGGAUAGUCGUUUAAGCGUGCCCACUGGGGAAUCAGUGAUCGAUGAGUUCUUCCGCAGAUUCGAACCAGGUCUGUCCCCGCCCCGCAGCCAUGAGCCGCUGAGACUUUUCCUCGAGCAAACCGGAGCGCUGCAUUCGUUCCUGGACAUUUUUGGGAGCCAACGUCCACCAUUGAACAGACGGGUGCUCGCCGUGGUCGACGACCGAUGCGAUCCUUGCUUGCAGAUAACAGGCAUCGCGGAAAGCGCGGCUUUCCUGCCUGUUCGACCAUGGGAGUCCGAAGAGUACAUGCGACGGCCUCCUGAGGGUUUGUAUACUCAGAUUUGCGGCGUGGAUGCGGAAAUGCUCUACAAACAUCUUAAUCAGGAUAUCCGCGGUUUCACCCUAGAAUUCCAUCUGCCGCAUUACGUCCUUCGGCCAGAGGAUGAUCGGCUCCGAGAUGGUCGGCGACUUCGGAAACACCGUCUUUUUCGCCUCUCUGGUCAGGAUGCCAUCUACGAGGUUCAACUAUCCUUAGUCGUUUUUGGGGUCGAUGAAUUCUUCUGGACAGCCUAUUUCUGCGAAGACGCGUACUUCCGAUCCAGCAAUCCAAUCACCGAGCACCUUAAGGAUAAGGGAGAUGGGCCGUCGUCGGGUGUGCGGAUGAGCAAGUUCCCUAUCUGGGACCCGCGGUACUAUUUUCUCUACAUUCUGGUCAUUCGCUUGGGACAAAUCACGAUGGAAUGGGCGGUCUUGACGGAUAUCAUCGCCGGUCAUCUUGACAAGCAUGAUGACCUGUUCCUGGAAGACGACCCGUCCCUGAGGAAAACGAAAGAAUAUACUUGGAUCUUAGUCACAUUACGACGGCUUCGUAACCUACUAGCUCGAGUAAUCGCGACGCUGGUCUCCUUCGAUGCGAAUAAUUGCGUCUACUUUGACCUUGAAGCUGAGGGAGCCCUGUACGACCGGUUCCGCGAGUGUUUCGACCAGGUGCGUCAACUAACCGCAGAGCUGUCUUCUGCCCAAAUGGUUCUAGAGCAGCGGAUCGAAACAUUAGAGAAAAUGUCGGAUGUGCUGGUGAAUGCUUCCUCCUUGGCAAAAAGUAUCACGGCCACCCGCCAGGGGGACAAUAUCCGGCUUUUGACGUAUAUUAGUAUUAUCUAUCUCCCAGUGACUCUGGUGACGGGCAUCUUCAGUAUGAAUCAAGUCAGCGGCGAGAAUGCCUGGUGGAAAUACUGGCUCUGUCUCAUUUGUCUCACAGCUGGCACUAUCACCAUGGCUAUCGGAGUACAAAUCAUCAAUCCCCGUUGGAGAUAUGGACAAAACAUGCCUAAUAUCACUUGA